AUGUCAAAGGAUGUGAAAACAAAACUGCAAUAUUUGCCACCAACGUUAUCCAUCAAAAUUAGCUCUCAUCCUCAAUUCACUCUUUUACAAACUACACCACAAACAUAUCGAAAAGAAGCUUACAAUCAAGAAAUAUUGGAUUCGUUAGAAGUUGUGGAAACCUUUCAGCGAACUACAACUGCAUCACUAAGGGUCAAAAGAUCAGAUUUUACUUUAGUAACAGCUUUGCUGGACAUCGGAAGGGGUGAUUGGUGGGAGUAUCGUCGUCCACUGGAAAGUUAUUAUGGCUUCCUGGAAAAUUUACUAAAGUUAAAAGUUAAUUUAGUCAUUUUCGUUGAUCGGAAAAGCGUAAAGCAUGUUUACACUCGAAGGAAAUUAUAUCGAUUGGAACAUAUUACUAAGAUAAUCCCAAUUACUUUGGCUGAUCUUCCCCUCCAUCGAUAUAUGAAAGUGGCAAUGGAAGUAAUUGCAAAUGAACGAAGCGAUAAACGUUGGGGUCAACAGUGGGAUCGUUCGAUGAGUUCACAUCCGGAAGCGAAAAGUGCCAAAUAUGAUAUAUUAGUGAAUUCGAAGUCAUACUUCUUGUACAAUGCUUCGAUGAGUAAUCCAUUCAAGAGUGAAUUUUUUGCAUGGUUAGAUGCAGGUUAUGCGCAUGGCAAUCAAUCCAUAUUUCCGCCAUCAUUUCAUUGGCAUCCUACUUUGGUACGAAGGAAAAUUUCUCUCAUUAAGGUGACACCAUCGUAUGAUAAUAUAUCUCGAUAUACGCUUGCUGAUCUAUAUCGUAAGAACUGGGCUGUGAUAAGCGGUGGUUUUCUUGGUGGUGAUAUUUACUCAUUAAAUCGCUUUCAUCAAUUAUGUCAUCAAAUGGUUAUCGAUCUAAUUUACAAAAAAUACGUCGACGAUGAUCAGACAACUCUCGUAUUGCUCAUUCAACAAUAUCCAUCGUUGUUUAAUGUAAAACAUGGAGAUUGGUUCGAUGCGUUCUAUUUAUUUCCCUAA